CGGCUGGGAGUGAUGACUAUUUCAAUGGGGUAUUCUUCGCUGCGAGGACUUCGAAGAACAUGUAAAGAGCCGAAAUCUCGUGCUUUUUUAUCAGUAUCGUCUUCGUCGUUCUCGUUUCUCGAUGGCCUCUGGUGGCGGAUUGAAUCCGCAGUCGGCGGCGGAGAAGGCGGUUUCGGUGAUCGGGUUCGGAUACGAUUUGUGUGCGGAUAUCCGGUUGUCGGCUUGUAAGCCGGGUCCUUCAGGGUCGAGAUUGAUAGAACUAGACCCGACGCAGACGAGGGAUUUGGUCAUCCCCGGUGGGGCCGUCGUCUCUAAUGUCUCCACCUCCAUCAAGUGCGAUAAAGGCGAGCGCACCAGAUUCCGCGCCGAUGUCCUUUCUUUUAAUCAGAUGUCAGAGCAAUUCAAUAAGGAACUUUCUUUGUCUGGAAAAAUUCCGACCGGGAUGUUCAAUGCCAUGUUUGGGUUCAAGGGCUGCUGGCAGAAGGAUGCAGCUCCCACUAAGAGUCUUGCAUUUGAUGGUUGGUUCAUAACUUUGUAUAACGUAGAGUUAGAAAGGUCCAACAUCACGCUAUCCAAGCAAGUUAAAAACGAGGUGCCAAGUUCGUGGGAUCCCGCUGCCCUCACCGAGUUCAUCGAAAAAUACGGUACUCAUAUUGUUGUUGGGGUAAAGAUGGGAGGCAAAGAUGUAGUUCACCUAAAGCAGUUACAAAAUUCACAACUUCUGCCGAAUGAAGUGCAGAACUUGUUAAAGCAAUUAGCCGAUGAGAGAUUCUCUAAAGAUGUAAAUACAAGUUCAGUUUCCGACCUAACCGAAUCAUCAGGAAAAACAAAGAAAGAGCACUCUAUGCCAUUGGAUGUCCAUAAUGCAUUGGCUGUGCCAAUUAGGCCGCCUGUCACUUACUCUUUUAAAAAUGAUAUAUUAGGCAUUUGUAUCCGAAGCGGUGGCAUUGACAUUGGUCAAAGCCAUAACGCAUGGCUUUCAACUGUAUCACAGUCGCCUAAUGUUGUAUCAAUGUCCUUUGUGCCAAUAACUUCGCUCUUAGGUGGGGUCCAAGGAAAUGGAUUUCUAAGCCACGCAGUGAAUCUAUACCUUAGAUAUAAACCGCCCAUAGAAGAACUCCAUCAGUUCUUGGAGUUUCAACUACCGCGGCAAUGGGCUCCAGUGUACGGGGAUUUUCCUCUCAGUCUUAGGCACAGAAAACAUUCGUCCCCGUCGCUUCAGUUCACUUUUAUGGGCCCUAAGCUUUAUGUUAACACCAUGAAGGUUGACUCAGGAAGCCGACCAGUAACAGGACUCCGCCUAUAUCUAGAAGGCAAAAAAAGCAAUCUACUGGCAAUCCAUCUCCAGCAUCUUUCUACUCUUCCCGAAAACCUUCAAAUCACAGAGGAUCAUGGUUAUGAUCCCCUUGACGUUCCAGUGGAACGGGGCUACAUCGAACCAGUCAAGUGGAGCAUAUUUUCGCAUGUGUGCACAGCCCCGGUGCAGUGCAGUGGUGCCUGCAUUGAUGAUCCUGCUUCCAUUGUGACAAAGGCCUGGUUUGAAGUUAAAGUUAUUGGAAUAAGGAAAGUUUUAUUCUUGAGGCUUGGAUUUUCGACUGUGGCAUCUGCCAAGAUCCGGAGAUCGGAAUGGGAAGGAACUUCAAACACAUCUCAGAGAUCAGGUUUUCUCUCGGUAUUGAUCAGCACAAGGUUUAGUGCUGGAUUAAAUCAAUCUGAGAGGCCAGCAAAAGUGGAUUUGAAUUCAGCCAUCUAUCCCGGGGGUCCACCUUUGCCUCCAAGGGCCCCAAAAAUGGCAAGCUUCAUAGAUACCAAGGAAAUGGUGAGAGGUCCAGAGGACCCGCCCGGAUAUUGGGUGGUCACAGGAGCAAAGCUCUGUGUUGAGAGUGGCAGAAUUUCUAUCAAAGUGAAAUAUUCAUUGCUGACCAUAAUGUCAGAGGACUCUAUGCUGUUUAUGUAGGAGAAAAAUGAACAAAGUAAACCACACGGAGUAGAAGUUACGAGUUUUAUUUUGUUCUAUUUUUUAUUGAAUCAUGUACAUUCACUAGUAAAAUUUGUUUUAGAAAGAGAGAUUGGCACGACGGUGUUAUGGUGUGGCAAUUUUGAUUGAGCAUACUGACUUGUGGGAACUUACAACUCGACGAGCUAUCUAGGCAGUGUGUGUGUGUGUAUUCCUUUUUUAGUGGAAUAGAUGAAAACCUCCCAUUAAAGCAAAUUGAGACGAAAGGAAGAUUGUUUACCAUUUUGUGGAGAGAAAUAUCAAUGGUGGCGAAGUCGGGAAGACUGUUUCCUUAA